CUUUGCUGGUCUUCAUCAGUACUUUUGAAGUAGCCAUUGUGGCGUGCCCUGUGUAGAUUUUCACAUUUCCAAUAGUCAACCGUUGUAAAGUGAAGUAUUUUGAGUCUGAAAUAAUUUUUAGAAUAAAAUGUCGUACUACAAUCAAAGAGGAGGAACUAGAAUGAAUCGACCUUCUUAUGGUGGUGGUAGUGGCCAUCAUGGAAACUAUCAUUCAUCUCAAAAUCAGUCUUACACCCAACCUGCUUACAGCACUCCGAGUAGCUAUGGAUCCAACAAAUCUGCCAGUGAUCCACGCAUCUAUCAACAAAAUCAUCAAUCAUCGCCGAAGACUCCUUCACAACAGGCAGUUCAGCAGCAGCCUUCAUCUCAACAGCCACCACAGCAGUUACCACCGCCCUCUCAACAGCAAUCAGCUCCUCAAGGACAGCAGCAGCAGCAGCCGCCGCAACAGCUUCCUCCGCCUGUACCACCAAAAAUUGAACCACAGUCUUCAAUGCCCCCAGAACAACAUACACCUGUUAAGAUGGAUGAAGAUAAGAGCAAUGAAACAACUUCAGAUGCAAAUGAUGAUGGAAUGGGAAGUGGCACUCCUGGAUCAAGGGGUCCUAAGUUUAGACCCUGGAAUAAGAGAGGAGCUGCCAAUGUUAAAAUAACCAGAAAAAUGAGGAAACGCCGUCAGAACGCUCGUUUAAGAAAUCUCCUUGCACCUAAAAAUGCCAUGAUGGUUUUACAUGAACUGCACCCAGAAUUGAAGAUGGUUAUUUCUGAACAAGUUAAUGCUGCCAAUCAAACUGCAUAUACAGUAGAAAUUGAGGUUGAGGGUAAAAUAUACAGAGGACAUGGCAUGUCUAAAAUGUCUGCUAAACAAGCUGCGAGCGAAAAUGCUCUGAAAGCCGUGCUUCUAGAAAAAUUGGAACAGAACAAUCUAAAAAUCAAUCUUAAUAUUUUAGCCGACAAUACACUGAGUAGUGACGGAACUCAAGAUAGUAGUGGAGAUGUGACAAUGAAAGAAGAGUCAGUGGCAGGGGAUGUAACAAACCCAGAAGAGCAGGCUGCAGGCCCAAAACCUGUCCCAGGAAGAAGGCUGAUUGAAGAUGACGUUCCGUGGGGCUCACUUGCAUCAUUUGCCCUUUUUAAACUUUUUUCAGAAUGGCAAUCCCAGGGUUUCCAACUCCCACCUUCUGGUUUACCUCCUGUGUUUCAUAAGGCCACAGGAGCUAAAAAACUUCCUGAUGAUGCCAACAAAAAGCAUCCUGUGCAGUUAUUAAAUCAAAUUCGGCCUGGCUCUCAAUAUUCUGAAUCUCGUGAAGGAGCUCCACCUAAUCUUACUUUUAAAUUUACAGUUUCUGUGGAUGGUCAAACAUUUAUGGGUGUUGGUUCAAACAAGAAAGAUGCCAAAAAAGAAUGUGCUAAACAUGCAUUAGAGGCUCUUGGUGUCAAAUAUGAUUAAUUGCUUAUUAUUUUCAAAGAAGUGGGGCAUAAGAAGUCAUGUUUGAUAUCAAUAUUUUUAUUAGUUUCAUUACAUCAAUAAAGAUAUUUUUUUUCCUUUUUUUUUAUGUUUUGUACAUAAUGUAAUACUAAUCUUGGUUGGUAUUAUAGAUCUUUAUUUAGAGGAUUUGUCUGUACAGUCAAUAGUAUAUAAUUUUUUUUAUUAACCAUUAUAAUUGUCAUAAACGUGAUUUAUAUAUAUAUUUAAAAUUAAUGUAAAAUUAUUACUUUAGUCAUAUUAAUGUGUGGGUUAUUUUUAAAAAUAACAAUGAUGAAUUUAACCUGUGACUAUUUGUUAUAAUCUGUAACUGUUUAUAAGAGUAUGUUAAGAUGUAGCUGAUAAAUGUCUAGAUAUUCUUAUUUUAAAUUUGAUUGACGUCUUAGUAAGAAAUAGAUUUGCAUUAUAAUAGUGAUUACGAAAUACUGAAUAUUUAUA